AUGCCAGCGGGCGUGCUGGGCGCCGUGGCAAGCUCGGUCGUCGUUCAGCUCCUCUGCUCAGUCGCCUGCGCGCCGCCGGCGGCGGCCGCCUCGCCAGAGGACUGCACCGCGUGCGCCGCUGCUCCCGCGGAGGAGGACUGCUCCUGCAGCGCGUGCCGCGUGUCCCUUCUCCAGAGCCGGCGCGAGGUGACAUCGCCGAAGGCCUCGGAGAGCGCGGCUCUCGGCGCGAAGCUCUUUCCGAGGAAGCCGAAUAUCGUGCUCGUCUUGCCUGACGACAUCCGCAUCCCAGUGACGUCCGAGCCCACGAAUAACGGCGGGGUCAUGCCGAACCUCGAGAAGAUAGCUCAGUCUGGUGCCACUUUCGCGAGAGCUCUAGGCUACGCUACCGGCAUGAUGGGCAAGUGGCGUUUGACCCAAUCCGAGGAGGCAAAUUUCACCUCCCCGUACUCGGACCAGACAGCCCAUGUGAUGCGUUCAGGAUUCGAUUUUGUCGAUGGCCUGUACAUCGCGAACAUGUGCGACUGCAGCCACCCUAUUUGCGAUACGUUCAAUCACAACUUGCAGUGGAUGUUGGACAGGGCAGAGAUCUGGGAUAGCGUCGCCGAUAUCUCGAACAUGUUCGAGUAUGGGUCUUGCAGACACUUGUUGGCAGCCCUGCGCUGGAUCGACGAGUCGCUAGGGGUGCUCUACGACUUCCUCUCUGAGCGGGAUGUAAUCGGGGACCCGUAUAUCGCCGCCGGUCUGGGCAUCCGAGCUUGCACCGUGGUGGAAGAGCCAGUCAUCCACAUGGACAUGGCGCCGACGUUCUUGUCGAUCACAACGCAGUCGUGUUUCGACACGGCGACCAUGCCCAGAGAAGGCAUGAAGAGAUACGAGUGCCGCACCAGUCUCAUCAUCAAUAGGACACUCACCAAGCUGCAAGACCCCAUUCUCAUUGAUGAGUGCUCCUCCCUUGUCACGAACUUGGCUCUUUUUGUGGGCGAUGCUUACCCGGCCCUCUACGAUGAGGUCCAAGUGUACAAUAUUGUUUCCGACCCAACGGAGCAAGAGAACAUUAGCAGCAACAACCUGGAUGGCAAGAGCGAAGACAUCCGGUGCAUCUUCGCGGCGCUGAAAAGGCUGGACAACGCAAGGAAGGCCGACGCCCCAGCGGAGUUCGAGGACUGGUGCGUGACGUGCCGCGCAGGAGAGAUGCAGCAGAAACACCGGGUGGCACCACCUGCGAGGCUCGGGUUCAACUUCGUGGGGCACUGGCCCGUGGCGGAGGCACCGGCGGCCGCCUGCGAGGCGCCCGCCCCGGCUGGCUGCUGGGGCUUCGCGGCUGGGCUGCUGUUCGGCCUGGUCGGCGGCCUGCUGCUGGCGACGGCGGCGGCGGGCUGCUUCGCGGGCCUGCGGUGGCUUGCCCGACGCGCGGCCGCCUCCCUGGUUCACGCCGACGAGGGCAGCGGCCCUGCCAGCGAGGUGGUCGUGCGCCUGAUGGCCGCGGCCCCGCGGACCUUGGACGUCGCCGAGAGCCAGGUCUGCAUCAACUUCGACGACGACGACAACUUUCGGUGGCACCACAGGCUGCUCCUUUGGGUGGCCGCCACGCCCGACGGCGAGAUCCUGGUGCUGCAGCUGUCGGCCCACCUCGUGGUCGCCAUGGGGCGGGACGCCCCGUUCCCGCAGCGCGUGCGGGGGAACGUCUACGCGUUUGGCCAGCUCGAGCCCGACGCGCUGGACCACCUGCGGCUGGAGGGCCGGAACCUCGCCGUCGCCAUCCCAGCGGCGCCGCCGGGCGCCCGUGUGGCGCGCUGGGUCAUCGCGGAUCACGCCGUCGAGGGGUUUGGCGACGAGAUCGAGGCGAGGCUCGCGGCCUACGCCGACAGGUUCGUGGCGCGCGACGCCGUUGGGCUGGCCCUCGUCGACGACGGGCUCGGCUGGGUGGCGGUCGAGAACGUCCAGCCCGAGGAGCAGCCCCAGUGGGUCGCCGAGAAGCGGCGGGGCCCGGGCCGCGACCUUCGGGCCCCCCCCAUCCCGCCGCCGACGCGGGGAAAGCGGGUGCAGCUGAGCGCGGUGAUCGCCGCGUUGAGGCGGCAGGAGUCCCUCGCGGCGCGCGACUGGACGCCGGGCGAUUACUUUCGCCUGGCCCGGUUGAGGCCGGCCACGCGGGAGGCCUACGCGGCGGCGGUGGCGGAGCUCGAGGGCUCUCCCCUUGGCCCGUCUCACGACGCGCUGCACGCCGUGAGAGACUUGAAUGACAUUCAGGACAGCGUUGUCGUCGUCUGCGGUGCGGGCAUCUCCGUGUCCGCGGGCAUCCCGGAUUUCCGGUCCAAGGGCACCGGCCUGUACGACAACUUGCAGAAGUACAAUUUGCCCAGCCCGCAGGCUGUUUUCACGUUGGACUUCUUCCAGCAGGAUCCGUUGCCCUUCUUCCACCUCGCCCGCGAAAUCUACCCGGGCAAGUACGCGCCAACUUCGGCGCACGCGUUCUUGCGACUCUUGCAGGAGAAGCGUGUGCUCCGGCGCUGCUACACCCAGAACAUAGACACGCUCGAGCGCAUGGCGGGGGUGGAGGCUGGCGCAGACUUCGGAUCUCCAGAUUUGACCGGGUUGGUUAUACCAUGGAUGAUUGCGUUGGGUCUGUCUUAA